AUGGCAGAAGAUUUUAGCAUUCCUCUCAUUGAUCUCGCUCCUUUGCACCAGGCGGGAAACGCUCCCAGAGUCGAAGUUCUAGAGAAAAUCUCCAAGGCCUGCGAGGAAUGGGGAUUCUUCCAGGUGAUCAACCAUGACCUGGAUUUGAAGCUCUUGUCUUCUCUCUUCCAGAAGAAGAGAAAACCAAGAUGGAAACCAGCCAUCCACCCGUGGGAUAUGCCAACAGCCGAGAACUUGAUUCUGGAAGCACGGAAAACUGCAAGUUUUCUCGUGAAGAUCAUGAGCGAGAGCCUGGGCCUUCCCAACGAGCAACGUCUGGAGAACUUGUACAAAGCCGGCGAUGCUCUGAUCAUGCUGAAGUACCCAGCAUGUCCAGAGGGAUACGAAGGCCCGGUUCUUGCCAAGCACCGAGAUGGAGAUAUUCUCACCAUCGUCGCCCAGCUCAACAAUGCCCAAGGCCUCGAAGUUUUACACGAGAAAGACCAGCAAGAGAUCUGGGUUCCUGUAAAACCAGUGGAAAAUGCCCUGGUUAUCAACGUUGGUGAUGUUCUCCAGGUAAAAUCUUUGGUUAUUUCUAUCGAUCUAAGCUAG